AUGGAACCUCCACACCCAACGGGUGUGUCCUUCCCGGUGACUCCACCACCACCGGCAGCACCGGGACCGGGCGGCACCAACAUCUCUCUGUGGACGAAAACGGUGGGGGCGGCCGUGCAGGCGGUGGAGCGGAGCCUGGAUGCUCACACUGAGCGCUUGGUCAGCCUGGAACGACGGACGGUGACCACCGAGAAAAAAUACCUGGAUUGUGAGAAAACGGUGGUGGAGUUUGGGAAUCAACUGGAGAGCAAACUGGCCGUACUGGGAACCCUGAUCCAGGAGUACCGGCAGCUCCAGAAGAGGCUGGAGAACAUGGAGAACCUGCUGAAGAACAGGAACUUCUGGAUCCUGCGGCUGCCUCCGGGGACCAGGUCUCCAAGCCUGAAGGUCCCUCAGCUCCAACCUCCAGACCUGGUGCUGAACGUGUCCCUUUUGUCAUUGCAGACCCCAGCCGUUUUCUUUUCUGCCCAAGAGUGGGAGAACCUGGAGGAAUGGCAGAGGGAGCUCUACGAAAACGUGCUGAGGGAGAAGAACGAAUCUCUGGUCAAUCUUGAUUACACCAUCUCCAAACCUGACCUGUCCCAGCUUCAGGGAGGAGAAGCGCCCUGCGAUGGGGACGAGGUGACCUCAAGAAGGAUUCCAGCAGAACCAAAAUGUCUGCUCUUGAGACUUGAUGAGAACAGCCAGGACAGUAAAGAAGAAGCAGAGUGCCCAAGGGGACAGGAGAACCUGGAGGGAAGGAUGCCGAGCUUUGUGGGCACUGUGAAGCAAGAGGAGGAGCUGUGUGAGGAGGAACAGGGAGCCAUGGAGGAUGCAGAGCUGACCGAGCUCAGCAUGG